AUGCCUCGUGAAAUCAUAUCCCUUGACGACUUGACCCCAAACAAUGUUGGGGUGUUGAAGAAGAUCAACCAGGUAACCCUCCCAACAACAUAUCCUGAAUCCUGGUACAAGGAUGCAUUGCAAUCGGAUCAAAUUGUCAAGCUAGCAUUCUACUCAGAGUUGCCGGUCGGUAACAUCAAGGCCAAGGCCAUUAAAUUCUCGUCGAAGCAGUCGUUUGAGAACAUUACAAACACAAAGGAGACCGCCAGCUCUGGAUCAGACUCGCAGCCUAAGAUAUUGCCCAAUGCAGUGUACAUUGAAACGUUGGCUGUGUUAGCUAGUUACCAAAAUUUGGGAAUUGGCUCAAAGUUGCUUAGCUUCAUUAUUGAAGAGACUAAGACGAGGUUUAUUCACGAGAUCGUCCUCCAUGUGCAAUCCAGCAACAUCAAGGCAAUAGACUGGUACUUGAAGAAGGGCUUUUCGAAGAAGGAAGAAGUGAAAGACUACUAUAAGGAUCAAGGUAUGGAGGGUGCCGAUGCCGAUGCGUUCAUUCUUUCAAUUGAAGUAUGA